AUUAUUAGGAGAAAACUUUAUUUAAGAGACUUAUCAGUACUAUUGACUUCAUUCAUAAUUAUAUACAAGCAAAAUCUUCCAAAUGGCUGGCUAAAACAUCAUUAUUAUAUACCAUAGUACCAAGGUUUUCUUAGCCACAAAAAUAAUAUUGACAUAAACUAGACUAUAGUAGAGUAGCUUAGAAGAAACAACAUUAACGCAUGGCAGGAGGAGCUGCCAUAGGUGAAAGAACAUUGAAGGAAACGCCAACUUGGGCUGUGGCUGUUGUCUGUACUGUCUUCAUCAUCAUCUCUAUAUUAAUCGAACAUGGAAUCCAUACACUCGAAAAGUGGUUUCACAAAAAACAUAAGAAGGCUAUGAGUGAAGCCUUGGAGAAAAUCAAAGCAGAAUUAAUGCUAUUGGGGUUCCUAUCCUUGUUACUUACCGUCGGUACAAACUAUAUAGCAAAGAUAUGUAUCCCUCUGACGUUUGGCGACAUCAUGCUUCCAUGCAAGAAGGAGAAAGUGGGAAAAGUGUCAAAAGACAAUAGAAGGGGGUUACUUUCUUUCGAUGAUAACGUUGUAUGGCGUCGAGGUUUGGCAGCAGCAUCGGGAGGUGAUGAUUAUUGUUCAAAAAAAAAUCAAGUGCCUUUGAUUUCGCAAUCCGGAGUGCACCAAUUGCAUAUAUUCAUAUUUGUACUCGCCGUUUGUCACAUUAUUUACAGCGGCAUGACUAUGGCACUAGCUAAAGCAAAAAUGAAGAAAUGGAAGGCUUGGGAAGCAGAAACAUCGUCCGCAGAGUACCAAUUUACGCACGAUCCUGCAAAGUUUAGGUUUGCGCAUCAAACAACGUUUCUUAGGCGUCAUUCGAACUGGACAAGAAAGCCAGGAAUACGAUGGAUAGUGGCAUUCUUCAGACAAAUCUUUGCAUCUGUGAGUAAGGUGGAUUACAUGACUAUGCGACAUGGAUUUAUAAACGCACAUUUUGCUCCUGAUAGUAAAAUUGACUUUCAUAAAUACAUCAAAAGAACAUUGGAAGACGAUUUUAAAGUUGUCGUCGGUAUAAGUAUUCCGUUAUGGGCUUUCGCGAUCAUCUUUAUGCUAAUGAACGUUUACAAUUGGUACACAUUCACUUGGCUAUCAUUAGUACCAUUAGUGAUACUUUUAUUAGUUGGCACAAAGCUUCAACUGAUAAUCAUGGAAAUGGCCCAAGAAAUUCAAGAUCGAACAACAAUUGUAAGAGGCAUGCCCGUGGUACAGCCUGACAACAAGUUUUUUUGGUUUAAUCGUCCCCAUUGGAUCCUCUUCUUGAUUCAUUUUACUUUAUUCCAGAAUGCUUUUCAAUUAGCCUAUUUCUUGUGGACAUGGUAUGAGUUUAAGAUCACAUCUUGCUUCCAUGAAAACUUGCUAGUAAUAUUGAUAAGAGUUGUCUUUGGAGCAUUCCUACAAUUCCUAUGUAGUCACAAAACAUUUCCUCUCUAUGCACUUGUCACACAGAUGGGAUCACACAUGAAGAAAGGAAUAUUUGAGGAACAAACAGCAAAAGCACUUAAAAAAUGGCAAAAAUCAGCAAGAGAAAAUAGGAAGUUAAGAAAUGCAGGUUCAAAUGAGAUGCCUUCAAUGGGUGGAGAAAUAACACCAAGUCAAGGAACAUCACCUAUGCAUUUACUUCACAAGUUCAAACCUAGGAGUAACCAAACAGAAACAGAUAGUGUUUUGUAUUCUCCAAGAUCAUACCAAUCUGAUGAUCAAACUGAUUUUUCGGACACAGAAGGAUCUACACACCAAACGAAUUUGAAUCUUAAUCAAACCAUGGCACCUCCCCUACACCAACCAGUGAAUAAUAAUCAGUUAAAUCACAAUAUUGAUUUUUCCUUUGUUAAGCCUUAACAAGUAACAAUGGUAUAAUUUGAUGACCAACUUGUGUGGCUUUUUUUAGAUGUAAAAGUUAGUUAUAUCUAGGCUUAAAUACACUUUUGGUCCGUGUAAGUUAGCGACUUUUUAAUUUUCGUCCUGUAAGUUUAUAUUUUGGGUCAGAGUCCCUAUACCUUACUUUUUGUUUGCGGUUUAGUCCCUAAAGCCAAAAUCCGCAGGAAAAUCUGCAGGGAUUUUCCUGUGACUUUUCCUGCGGAUUUUGAUUUUAGGGACAAAAACGAACGCGAAAGUGAAAUAUAGGGACUCAGACCCAAAAAAAAAACUUACAGAGAUGGAAAUAAAAAUCUCGCUAACUUACAGGGACCAAAAGUGCAUUUAAGCCUUAUAUUUAUUUAAUGGUUGUAUCAAUUCUCAUAAGUGCUCACAAUUAAAAUUGUGUUCUAAACUUCUAAUUUGUAUGAAUAUACAUUAAAAUCUUUAAUA